UCUGAUAAAAGAGUAUAUAUGUCCAAUGAAGUUAAGGUCAGUUCUGAUGAAAAUGCUGUUGAAUUUGAAAGGGAUGACUUGAGGAAGUGUAGGAAGACAAUGAACAAUAUGGCAGUGAUGAAUUGUCAUGUUAAACAUCCCAUGUGGUUGUCUAAUUUAAGCCAAAAGCCCAAUGAUAGUGAAGAUCUAGAAAUAUCAGUAAAUGAAUAG